GAUAGCACCCGAGAAGACCAAACGCGCCCUGUUGUGUUUGUUUUUAAUCGCCGGGAAAGACGUCAUCGAAAUGUCGUUCAUCAAACAGUUUGUAAGGGAGCGGCUCAUGGCGGCGGCUGAUGAAAUAUUCGAGAUGUUUGAGACAACGAUCACGUCGUACGAGGAAGAACUUGCUCGAACGAGAGAGGAGAACACGCUGCAACGACAACAACUGGACGCUGUUAGCGAGACUCCAAACGUGAUCCGCGAUAAAGACAUCCAGCAGCUGAUUGGUCGUCAGGGCGAGUGUCCCCCUCAGCCGGAGGGGGACACUUCGCAGCAAGAGGAUCCAGCUCUAAUCCCCCACAUUAAAGAGGAAGAAGAGGAACUCUGGGUCACUCAAGAGGGAGAGUGUCUUCUCGGCCCAGAGGAGGCUGAUCUCACCAAGCUGCCACUGACUGUUGUGUCUGUGAAGAUUGAAGACGACGAAGACGAACCGCAAGCAGACAACUUCUUAGCUCCACUAUCAGAUGGUGAGGCUGAAGACCGGGACAACGAGCGUCUAAGCAGCGAUACAGACUGUGACGGCGAUAUGAGGGUUCACUAUGACAUGGAGGACUCGGAAUGCUCGAAAACACUCGUGCAACCUUUCACAGGAGAAAAAGCCUUUUGUUGUUCUGUUUGCGCUAAAAGAUUUUCUUUCAAGGUAAAUAUGAUUACACACAUGCGGACACACACCGGAGAAAAACCUUUUAGCUGUUCAGUUUGUGGUAAGCAGUUCUCUCAAAAGGUAACACUGGUGUCUCACACGAGGACGCACACCGGAGAAAUGCCUUUUAUUUGCACGGUUUGCGGUGAAAGCUUUUCUUAUAAGCGCAAUUUGAGUCGACACAUGCGCGCGCACACGGGGGAAAAGCCUUUUAGUUGUUCGGUGUGCGGCAAAAGAUUCUCUCAGAAGGUAACAAUGGUGUUACACCUGCGGACGCACACAGGUGAAAAACCGUUCGGUUGCUCGGUUUGUGGCGAAAGCUUUUCUUGCAAGAGCAAUUUGAGUGGACACAUGCAAACGCACACUGGAGAAAAACCCUUCAGGUGUUCCGUUUGUGACAAAAGAUUUUCUCGGAAAACAAGCAUGGUCUUGCAUAUGAGAACGCACACAGGGGAAAAACCUUUUCAAUGUUCCGUCUGUGAUAAGAGAUUCCCUCAAAAGAUAACCAUGGUAACACACAUGAGAACACACACGGGCGAAAAACCUUUUAGUUGUUCAGUCUGUGAUGAGAGCUUUUCACACAAGUACAGUUUGAAUCUACACAUGCAGAAACAUACUGCAGAAGAAGAACCCUUUGGUUCCUUGGAUUGUGGGGAACAAAUGUCUCCAAGGUCAACAGUGCCUUUACACAGAACACAGCAACCAGUCGACAAACCUUUCACUUGCUCAGUUUGCGAUGAAAACUUUUCUCACGACAGCGCUUUGACUCGACACAUGCGGACGCACAACGGGGAAAAACCCUUUGGCUGUUCCGAUUGCGGUUUAACGUUCUUUCGAAAGUCCAGUAUGGUUUUACACAUGCGGACGCACACGGGGGAGAAGCCUUUCAGCUGCUCAGUUUGCGGCGCCAGCUUCGCGCAGAGGUCCACUUUAAACGCGCACAUGAGAAGACACACGGGGGAAAAACCUUUCAGUUGUUCGGUGUGCGGCGAUAAGUUUGCUCAGAGGUCCACUUUGAACACACACAUGAAAAGACAUACGGGUAAAAAUCCUUUUAGUUGUUCAGUUUGUGGCGAGAGCUUUUCUCGCAAGUCCUUUAUGACGGCUCACAUGCAGACACACGAAGCUGAAUGAGGACCAUUCCACCGACUCACUAGCAUUCGCCUGAUGUAAAUCUCUAAAUAGAAAUUUGAGUUUUUUUCCCAGCUCUGAAUCUGAUCAUAAUCAAUAUGUGUAUUGGUGUUCCUAAGCCCAAGAUGACUCAUCUGAGUAACAGGACUGAAAGUAACAGCGGUUUUUAGUAUAGAAAUAGCAAGGGCACGAAAUACAUUGUAUAAGUAUGUGUGUAUAUAUAUAUAUAUAUAUACACACACAUAUAUAUAUAUAUAUAUAUAUACACACACAUAUAUAUAC